AUGUACACUGGUGGUGAGGUUCGUGUUGAAAAAGAUUUAAGCCAGGUUGCAUUGGGCCCGACACCUUUUCCUAAUUUGGCUCAUUUAGUUGGCGUUGGAAUGCUUCACGAGGAUUUUGUACCAUUUUGUGUUUUGCAAACUUUAAUGGGUGGUGGAGGAAGUUUUAGUGCUGGUGGACCAGGAAAAGGAAUGUUUUCACAACUUUACAUGGAUGUUUUGAAUAAGCAUUACUGGAUCUAUAAUGCUACUGCUCAAUAUCAUUCUUAUACUGAUUGUGGAUUAUUUUGUAUUAAAGGAAGUGCUAGCCCUGAAUAUGCCACAAAAUUAACUUCAAUUCUUGUUAAUCAAAUGCGUUUUCUUAGUAAAGGGAUAAUUCGAAAAGAAGACUUGGCACGUGCAAAAGUUCAAUUAAAGUCACAAUUAUUAAUGCAUUUGGAGAUGAAACCAGUUCAAUUUGAAGAUAUUUCUAAACAGAUGCUUGUAUAUGGGCAGCGAAGAACACCUGAGGAACAUGCUGAACAAAUUGACCGUGUCGAAAUUGAUGAUAUUGCACGAAUUGCUGAUACAAUGUUAAUUAACCGGCCUUCUCUUGUUUGUUAUGGAGAUUUGCGUUGGAUGCCAACAUUAGAUCAAGUACGAGAGAUGUGUGACAUGACCGUAAAUAAGUAUUGUUUUGAUACAUUUUAUUAA